CUUCAUUCUAGGUUUAUCUUUGACUUGGUGCGUUGUUUUUUUUUUGUGAAUCGUAUCGUAGUGCUUUGUGAAAUGUAUGGUGUUUAAUCUGUGCGUUAUUUUGACAGUUUAAAUGGGGUAGAUAGUUGGUAAAACCGAAAGGUACCAAUCCUUGGUCUGAAGGAUUUUUGUGACGUAACAAAAAGUUCGUAAAUUGUGUUAUAAAUAAUGUACCUGAAUAUAGUAAAAUUUAUAUAGUGUAGUGUAAAAAGUGUUUUUUGGAUUGACAAAGGGCGUGAUAAUACGUCUUCUACUGUUGCCAACUGGACUGAGUCUCGUUUUAAAGGAUAAAGCAACAAUUGUAACAUGGCUACUAGUUCCAACGCGACGACGAGCAACCAGCCAAAAUACCAGGGUUACCCGUACGCCAAUCUCCCGGCAUUCGGGGUGCCCACGAUUGACUCCCAAGCGGCCUCCAGAUACGCCAACCUGCCAAGGAGGCCGAUAACUGCUGCCAGAACCGAAGCUGGAGGCAGUGGGAUUCAAAAUCAACAGGACGAGCAAAACAACCAAAGUCCGACCACACCAGCUCAAGAAAAGCAUGAUUUUGACGAGAACCCAGUGGUUUAUGUUGACCUCCCUGAUGGCACAGACAAUGGUGUAGUUGAUACAAUAAAUCAGGAGACUGUGAAGACACCAGACGAAUCCAUCAGUUACAAGUCUGAUGAUGAACCGGUUCUGUACAUAGACAUGCCUGAUCACGACGCCAGCGACAUUUACGUGAGAAGUGACGAAAGUCCAAUUCAGGUACCAAAUGUAAUACUAGACUUUACAAACAUUUGAAACCUACAA